AUGCAACCUCAACAACGUCGUCCGCCACCCAGCGCUCAAGAUUACUACGCAGUUCCUCAGAGCCCUCAGGCACCGUCGAACAUGCACAACUCACAUCCAUCCUACAACACAUCGAGACCUCCUGGGAGGUCAUCCUCACGAGGUAGCGUACAGAUGCAGACCGGAAGAGGCGCGAUUGCACAGGGUGUCGCGAGUGGUGUGAUUGGUGCUGGAUAUGGUCCCUACUCAUAUAAUCCAUCCUCAGUGCGCGAGGGCGCAUUCAACAAUGGCUCGCGGUUCAGCGCCGCCCCUUCCGAGGUGUCAUCUGUAACAGGAGGCGAGAAAAUGCCCAACAGUAGUGUAGCAGGAAACUCGUCAACAGUGCCCCCUUUUGCCUGGGACACAAAGGACCCAGACCUCGACGACGCUUUGCACAAUCCUGAUCCAGUACAAGAUGCAGCCCUCGAUAACUCCUUUACCUUAUGGUCCCUACGUGGUUGGGCCAAUGUCGGCACUUUGUUCGUCCUCGUCGUCGGUCUUAUAACGCUAUUCGCUGGGUAUCCGAUAAUACACUAUUUCUCGACAAAGAGUCCGACGACUUCUGGUUUCAACUUGGGAGGAAUCAACGUAACGGGACAGGUUCCCUCCCUACCUGGGCUGCCUAGCUUGAUCGAUGCUGAUACCCCAUCGUCAGCACUAUAUCGGACGGGUAGUGAUGGUAAUACGUAUCAGCUCGUAUUCAGUGAUGAAUUCAACACCGAUGGGCGCACGUUCUGGCCUGGUGAUGAUCCGUUCUGGGAGGCGGAAAACCUGCAUUACUGGCCUACGGGUGACUUGGAGUGGUAUUAUCCAUCAGCUGUCACGACUCAGAAUGGGAAGCUGAUGAUCACGAUGACCGAGGAACCCAAAAACAACUUAAAUUUCGUCAGUGGCAUGCUGACAUCGUGGAACAAGUUUUGUUUCACGACGGGUUAUAUCGAGGUCAGCAUGAGCAUGCCGGGAAGCCCUCUUGCCCCAGGUUUGUGGCCUGGUGCGUGGACGAUGGGCAACUUGGGUCGCGCAGGAUACGGUGGGACAACAGAGGGUACUUGGCCUUACAGCUAUACUUCGUGCGACGUGGGAACGCUUCCGAACCAAACUCAAAAUGGUGUUCCUGCAGCAGCUGCUACUGGGGGACUCGGCGGUGGGCCAUUGAGCUACCAGCCUGGUCAACGUCUAUCCUCGUGUACAUGCCCAGGUGGUGAUCAUCCUGGACCGAGUGUGUCGGUUGGCCGUGGAGUGCCCGAAAUUGAUAUCCUUGAAACCCAAGUCGACGUCUCUGUCUUCCAGGGCCAGGUAUCUCAGAGCUUCCAGACGGCACCGUAUAACUAUCAGUACCAAUUCAACAACGCUUCGCCUGCUACUUCGAUCAACGACACUGCCAUAACUCAAUUCAACACAUACACCGGUGGCCCCUAUCAGCAGGCGGCGUCUGCCUUGACGUACAUUGAUAGUCAGAACUACGCUGGACAGGGCUACGCCACCUAUGGGUUCGAAUGGUGGUCAAAUCCAAGUAAUCGCGCUUCGGGCUAUGUCACGUGGUAUAGUGAGAGUGCCCAAACGUGGAAGAUCACUCCGAACUCGAUUGGAGCAGACUCGACUGUGCAGAUUAGUGCCCGACUAAUUCCAGAGGAACCGAUGUACAUAAUCUUCAACCUGGGCAUGGCGCCAUCGUUCCAGGAACAGGACUUCAUGCACCUUCAAUUCCCUGUUACAAUGUAUAUUGAUUACGUUCGCGUAUAUCAACGAGAAGGACUCAAGAACGCCAUUGGCUGCGAUCCUCCAAGCUAUCCUACUGCAGACUAUAUCAACGCGCACCUCAAUGCAUACUCAAAUCCGAAUAUCACGACGUGGGCUCAAGCCGGAUACAGCUUCCCUCAAAAUCGCCUGACCGACUCGUGUUGA